UAAAAACCGAAGAAGAAGAAGGAGCAGGAGAAGGAAAUGUGUUGUUUUUGCAGUUACUGAUGCAUGAAAUUCACAGAAAGGGGAGAUCCAGCUAGAAGCAACAGCUUCGUUGCAUUCACUCACUCACCGGUCGAAAGAAGGAAAAUGUAACGCGUGCUUUCCUGGGAGGAGAGCACCGAGGUCCUUAUUCGGUUCAUUGUUCUCAUCUGAGGUCUCUUGAACAUACAGAUUCGAGAACCCGACAUGGCCUAUCAGCACAGUCGAAAAUCCAUCAGAGAGACAUACGAAGAGCACUUUUCCCAAAAGGACGCGAGAGAGGUGACGGUUCAUCGAGUGGUCAAUAUCAUUGAGAAGAGGAGCCCUAUGCCACGGCCGGGCUUGGACUUUGACAGAGCGUAUGACGACCAGCGGUACAGGGGCUCCAGAAACUACCAGAGUGAAAGAGGAUAUCGCAGCGAAGACGGUUAUCUACCCGAGGACAGCCAGUACUACGAGGACAACCCGAACUACGGCAGUUACCGAAGAAAGUCUCCACCUCAUCGCAGUGAUGAGCAAUAUUCUCCGCAGAGUUACGGCCAAGAUGACUUGAGGCAUCAGUUAAGCUCAAGGACCAGGAGCAGACCUCAUCUGGUUCGAAAGAGAGGUCGAGGGCACGGGCCUCCUCCAAGGGGGGAUUAUGAUGACUACAGGCCCUCUAAAUCUUUGGUCAUCACUCGGGAGCGCUCUCCUGGAAGGAGGGAAGGCCAUCCGCCCGGCCGGUCCGGAUCAAACACCAGCAGGAGCUUCUCUCCUGACAGGGACAAAGGCUACGCCUACCAGCAAAAGCACAAGUCCAGCACAACAAAGACUCCCAGCAGCUCCGUAGAGAGCUCUCCUCACCGCUCAAGCUCUUCUAAGGAAAAACCGUCAGCAUCCGCAGCAGAGAUGGAGGAGGUAGCGGCUGCCAGCACGGAGCCAAAGCUAACACCAGAGGAGGACCUAAAGGCACGUCGGUCGGAGGCCAUUAAGGCUAAAGUUGCUGAAAUUGAGAAGCAUUACAGGCAGGACUGUGAGACAUUCCGCACAGUGGUGAAGAUGCUGGUGGAAAAGGAGCCCAGUUUGGACGGCUUGCUUCAAGCUCCGCUGGAUAAGAACCUGUUGGAGAUCCGACAGCACUGCCUAGAUGCCAUUAAGAGCUUCGUGAUGGAGCUGGAUGAGAUACUGGAGCAGCCGGACAUGACAGCCUGAGACAGUCAUGGCAGACUGAUAAAAGUGACAAUGUAAAGUCACCUGGACAUGAGCUGGGCGUCUUAGGACUAAAAAGUAUUUUUUUUUUUCUUUUCCACAUGUGCUGUACAUUGUAAGUCUGUAAGUCUGCUACUUUUUGUAAAUGUCUAACUAAAAUUGCUGUUACAAUGAAAUAUUUACAGUAUUAAUUAUAAACAAGUCAAAUUUAAAAUAAAUACUUUUAAAUUUAAUAGCAUAUCCAUACCAUCUGGGAACUUUUGUUUUCCAAUAAUGACUAAUGUUGCUAAACUACUAUAGAUAUUAUGCCAUCAGGUUUUAGUAACGUACCAUAUUCUUUGUCCAAGUCCAAGAAACUCCAAACUAAAUAGCUGUUUUGACUGAGAGCAUGGAACAGUGUUGAUUUAUAGCUGUCAUCUGACUCAAACUUGAGCUUCUUUUGAUGUUUGAUUCAGAAAUAAACUUUUGAAAUAAA